UUUUUACCAGAAUCACUACAAAUUGCAGAAGAUGGCAAAGAGCAUGUUUUGACCGUUCUGAGCACUGUGCCCAUCACUUGUCAUGGGCACGAUUCCUGUAAAAUUACUUUGCAGCUAAGUACUGAGGAUUUGGACAGCCAGUUCCUGGGGACGCCAAACAUCGCCCUUUCGGCAUGCCAGGUGGAUCUGCUGCGGGCGCCCUGCUCGGGAGGCAGCUGUGCAGCAGCCACGCUGACGGUGACGGCCGUGACAGACUUUGCUCAGGACGGGAAUCGCAUCAGCCGCAUCAGAGCUGAGCCAGUCGGAUGGAAGGAUUUGCUUUGGAGGGCUUACACAGCCCAGGACGUGAAGGUCACAGUUCGAGACCUCCCAACAGGGAACUGCUACUCUUUCACUGAUCCACACAUUAUCACAUUUGAUGGAUGGCGCUACGAUAACUAUAAAGUUGGCACCUUUGUCUUGUGCCGGAGCACGUCGCGGGCGUUUGAGGUGCACGUGCGGCAGUGGGAUUGCGGAGGCCACCGCGCCGCCACCGCCUGCAACUGCGGCGUGGCCGCGCGGGAGGAGGGUGACACCGUGGUGCUGGACACCUGCAAUGGGCGUUUUCGGGAGAGCAGACCCCAGCUCACCAUCAAAAGCGUCGAGGCAUCGCCACGCGUCAAAAUCCUGAAGUCUUACGGAGGGAGGAAGAUAACAAUCCUGUUCCCUUCGGGAGCAUUUGUUCGAGCCGACGUGAGCGAGUGGGGAAUGGGUCUGACGGUGAGGACACCCGGCAGCGACUUCAACAGCACCAGAGGUUUGUGUGGCCGCUUUGACGGGAUCGGUCACAACGACCUGAGCAACGUGUCCGAGGAAGACUUCAUAGAGGAGUGGAGAAUACCUCCAGGGAAGAGUUUAUUUGACACGACACCAGCACCUUCUGAAGGAAAGCAACGGAAAAAUUACUGCAGGUGCCAGAAGGCAAGCACGAAGUUCGUGCCCGUGGUAAACACGCUGAAUGCCUUUCAGAAUCUUUUCCCUCAAUCCUCCGGUUGCCAUUAUGAUAAUGUGGAUUAUACCUCUGCAAUCCCUUAUCUAGAUAUCACGUCAGAGUUUGCCACUCACUCAGAAAUAGAAUCUACUUUAAGAAAAGACGAGAAACUGUCAACCAAGUCUUUGGAUCAAAGGUAUCUGCCUAAAUCAGUCCAAAAGCGAGGUAGCCCAGAGGGCCGAAUAAAAGCCCUCACACACAAUAUUUCCAUGAAAAAUGACAGUUACAUCAACUCUACCAGAACAACAGAAAGCCUACAGAGAACAAAAAGGCAGGAAGACUAUUAUGAAUACUCAUCCUUUCACCCAUUACAUGGACCAAGCCAGAGGGACUCAGAGAGCUUUGCAUAUUUUUUCCCAGAGGAUUACUUUGAAGGGAUUAGGACAAAAUUUCCACUGGCAUGGCCGACUCCCAAUGGCCUAACUGCUGCCAGAGCUCAGGAGAUUUGCCACCAAAUUCUCGCAAAUUCCACCAUUGGCUUAGUGUGUAAAGGUCUCCUCGGAACACAGAUGGACAAGGCAAUUGAUAUAUGCCUUUUAGACCUGCAGCUCAAAGAUGAUGUGACCUGGGUGAGGGCACUGGUAGCCCUUUUGGAAAAUGAAUGUGAAAGAAGAUUGAUAGGAAGCAGAAACAGAGCUUUUCACGUAGGAAACCAGACAUCUGCUACCCAAGAGGAAAUCCUCACUGUUCUCCGGUGUCCUGCUUUCUGUAAUGGCAAUGGACAAUGUACCGACCUGGGCUGCCAGUGCUUUGAACACCACAGCUCCUACGACUGUAGCAUUGCCAAGAAGCAAGCAGUGCAAAUCACAGCCUUAGAGAACGGGGGCCUCUGCGAUGUCCGUGCCUCUGACUGCAGCAGGAUCCGGGUAUUCGGCUUCGGCUUCCAAGAGUCACCCAACCUGCACUGCGAGGUCACCAGAUUCAUUCAUCUCAAUGGCGAAUGGAUAUCAAGAGAACAAGAAACCACAAAAGCAGAUUUUCUCAGCUCUGAGGCUGUUGACUGCCAGAUUCCUCUCCUGAACAUUACAGAGACAGAGGCUGUGCAUUUUGUGGCCGGUGAUGAGCCAUUUGCAAGAUGGCAAGUGAAAAAAAAACAUGUUGAUGGCUGCGUGGCGAAUGCACAAUUAAAUCACCUCAGUCCACAUGUGAAUCCGAGUUCUCCCGUGGAUCUUUUUGCAAAUCCUAGUUCUCCUGUGGAUCUUUUUGCUGAUCGAAUUGGGAAGGCAGAGCUCCGUGCUGUUUCAAAGGCAGCUGGCCUUACACGGCAGCACAGAGAACAAAAUGACAGAACUUUUCAAGAUAAAAG